CUUUUUUUAAUUUUCAUGGCGACGUUUUAGGCGCAGCUCCGCACACGCUGAUCCUCACACGUCUGGACGCCGUGGAACAGAGAAGUACGUCAGCUACUGGAACAAGCAUUUAAAGGUAAUAACCACACAAUAAGUGGACAGGUGUGCCGGAGAUAGUUAGGCCAGGUAAGUGUCAUGCCAUGCUGUGGAAUGCGUGACUCUUCCACCUGGUAUUCAUUGUCUUAUUACGUGUGCGUGUGAAACUUUGUUGGGGCCACUCAGCAAGAUUAGCCCAGAUCACUCAGUCCACUUGGAAACUUUCUGCCAUGGACUUUAGGACUUGAAAGGAGGAGGAAUGUACACGACUGUGGUGGACUUGUUGGACCCAUAACUGCUCGGCUCCAUUCAAAGAAGGAGAAGAAGAGGACAUAUACAUAUAUAUAUACAUAUAUACACGUUAAAAAAAGAAAGAAGAGGAUUUGGUGUGAUGGAGUGGAGAGAACAAUCCACGGCUACCUGCCAGGACGCGUACGUGGAGGCUCAGAGGUGGAUAGAGGCCGUAACCAAGAAAACAUUUAAGGGCAAAGACUUCCGAUCUUCUCUGGAGAAUGGAGUUCUGCUGUGUGACCUGAUCAACAAGAUCAAGCCUGGCGUGGUCAAGAAGGUCAACAGGCUGCCAACACCCAUCGCCUGGCUGGACAACAUUAAUGUCUUCCUCAAAGCCGGCCUCAAGCUCGGACUAAAGGAGGCGCAGCUCUUUCACCCCGGAGACCUCCAGGACUUGUCGUCCAGAGUCACAGUCAAGGACGAAGAGACCAACCGCAGGCUUAGAAAUGUUGUGAUCACCCUUUACUGGCUGAGUAGACGAGCACAGAGCGAGCGUUCCUACAAUGGACCUUACUUGAAUUUCAAGGCGUUUGAGGGAUUGCUGGGCAUAGCGCUUCACAAGGCUCUCCAAGACGGUCAGAAGGACGUUAGAGACAGCAGUUUUUCAGAUAACUGGUACUCUGAGCAGCCGCUAGGAGGACGAGGAGGAGGAGGAGGAAGAGGAGGACACAGGAGAGACGACUCCCUGGACAGCUUGGACUCUCUGGGGUCACAACCUCACAGCCUCUCAUCGGACGCCACCCUCAAAGGCAGCAGUGAGGGUUGUUGCAGCGACGCCGAGGCAGACGCAGCCUUCAAGAUGGCCGACAAGAAAGAAUCGCUCCAGUACCGCCGCUCUCUAGUCGUCACGCCAAAGGUCACCACCCAGUUCAACCAGUUCCUGCCCUCUAAGAACAAGACUUCAGGGUACGUGCCCGCUCCCCUGAGGAAGAAGCAGGCCGAUCGCAAUAACGACAACCGUCGCAGUUUGGUCAACCCGGUGUUCGAGGACGAAGCCCCGCUAACCAGGAGCAAAUCAACAAGCGACAUCCAACAGGAACCUUCGGCCGCCCGUCAGAUUCGAUACGAAGAGCUGGCGAAAUAUCGCGAGCAGGUCAAGCAGACCGAGGACGAGUGGCAGGAUGACUUAAGCAAAUGGAAGAACCGACGCAGUAGCCUUAACUUUGACAUCAAGAGGAAGAAGGAGGAGAGGGAGAAGAUUGAGCAGGACACGUAUGGCAAGGACAGAAGGUCCAAGACCUUCAAGGAGAUGCAAGACGCCAGAGACAACAGGCGAAGCAUCGGCAGCCGCAUCUCGUCGCUCAGCUUUGACGACGACGGGGACGUAUUUAACAAACCAACCCCUCCAUCCCGAGAAGUUCUCAGCAGAAGCUACACUAUCGACACUCCUUUUGAGUCCUCCGCCACAUCUGCACCUUCUCAGAAAGAGGACAAUCCGCCGGCUGCUUAUCAGACACGGUUUAGGUCCUCGAAGCAGGAAUCUGACACGGUAGACAGCCCUGCAGGGACCACCAGCACCAGCAGCACCACCACCAGCACCAGCAGCCGCAGCACCAGUAACCGCACCGCAUUCUACAGACCCAAUCUUUCAGGGGCUGUAUCUUCUCAGAAAAGUUCAGUCUUCGAAAACCGCAACACUGCCAAAACCGAGAAGACUUCAAGCUUUGUCCCUGCUCCCAGAGUUCCACAAAAAGUGUUGGAACCAAAAAGCCCAGUCAAGGUGCAGCCCCCAUCCUUUGUUGCAACGUACAAACCAUCGCAGCCCAGCACUAUGGAAGUUAAUCGACCAAUCGCUCCAGCAAUAUCUCGGGUGUCCGCCUCCCUCCCAAGGAGCUACCAGAAAUCGGACAGUGCGCGCUUGACCUCAGUUGUUGCACCCAGACCAUUUGGCACCCAGUCAUCCCGUGUCGGAUCACUUACCAGGUCCUUCACAUCAGAAGACUCCAGCAACCGCAUCAAUGGCGACGCCGCAGUUACCAAGACCUCGUCGGUACUGAGCCGCUAUCGAGAUUUCAUUACCCCAGAAGACGAGGCUGAGUCACAGUCGAGCCCCGCCAACAGCAGUGACGAUGAGGAGGAUCAAAAGGAGACUACCGGGAAGACCGUCACCACAACGUCAAGCGUCUUUUCUGACCCGGUUCCGUUCAAGAGAGAAGUUCCUGCUAAGGAUACCAGCCAGGACAAUUCCUGCGAGAUGCGGAUUAGUCUGAACCAGAAGCCCAACAGCAGUCUAGACUUUGGUUUCAAGACUAGGUGGGACUCGACUGGAGCCCACGUCGCGUCUGUCCAACCAGGCAGCCCAGCUGAGAUGUUCCAGUUGAAGCCCGGGGACGAGGUGCUGACGGUCAACGGCCACCGGGUGGCAGACAUGAGCUAUCUGGACUGGAAGGCAGGCAUGGCGGAGGCCCUGCAGGAGGGCAGCCUGGUGAUGGAUGUGCGACGUUAUGGCCAGAACAGUUUCCCUGAUGCCAGCGGCGCCAGCAAGUUGGAUUUCACCACGCGCCCCGGAUCGACGUCCAACAAGACUAUCACCCACUCUGUGGUGGAUAUGGCUUCCAACGGCGUAAGUGGUGGCUACCCCGGAGUGUCCCUGACCACCAUGACUAACGACUCAGAACUCCUUUCUUCGAAAAACUUAAAACUGAGGUCAGAGUUUUUUGAGCAAGGUGGAGGAGACUCGGCAAUGCCAGAUAUACCCGUCCCAUCUAUCACUCCGUCUUCUAGAAACUGGUCUUGGGAUCCAGAAGAAGAGCGCAGGAGGCAAGAGAAGUGGCAGAAGGAGCAGGAUCGCAUACUUCAGGAGAAAUAUAAGCGAGACCAAGAGAAACUGCAGGAGGAAUGGCUCAAGGACCAGCAGGAGAUCUCCACCAGUGUGGCACAACAAGUGCCUGAUAGCCCACGCUCGCUCAUUUCCUACCCGCCGUGGGAGCAGGAGGAGAGGAAGAGGAAGGAGCGGGUGGUGGAGCCCCCGAGGCUGGAGGAGGAGAGCGACAGGAGGCAGGAGUUGGAGCGCCAAAGAUGGGAGGAGGAGAGGAUGAGUAGGGAGGAGGAGGAGGAGCGUCAAAGAAAGGAGGAGAGAAAGAGGAUGGAGGAGGAGUUUGGGCGUCAAAGAAAGGAGGAGGAAGACCUGGAGCGCCAAAGAAAGGAGGAGGAGAGGAUGAGAAGGGAGGAGGAGUUUGAGCGCCAAAGAAGGGAGGAGGAACUAAAGAGGAGGGAGGAAGACCUGGAGCGCCAAAGAAGGGAGGAGGAGAGGAUGAGGAGGGAGGAGGAGUUUGAGCGCCAAAGAAGGGAGGAGGAGAGGAAGAGGAGGGAGGAGGAUCUGGAGCGCCAAAGAAGGGAGAGAGAGGCGGAGGAGGCGAGGAAGAGGAAGGAGGAAGAGGAGAGGAGGCAGAGGAAGAGAGAGCUGGAGCAGGAGGAGCUGAGGAAGAGGCAGACGGCCAGCGAGGAGCAGCAGCACACAUUCCAGGAACAACGGGUGAAGUCGUUUGAUGAAGACGAGAGAUUUCAAAGAAAAGGUGUGCUCGCCAACCCGGGCGGCGUGAUCCACUGGCUGCUGGAGGAGCAGGCCAGGAACUCCCGAGACAGGCUGGCCCGGAGUCAGCGGGCUGUGGCCGAGCUGGAGAUGGAGAGGAGGAACGUCCUCAAUGUUAUGAGAUACAGGGAGCCUGAGAGAGUGACGGGCGGCGGCAUGUUUGACGCCAGGGGUCUCCAACCGGCCUCACAGUCCGAGCUUCAGCGCCAGCAGCUCCUGGAUGACAUGAGGAAGAAGGCCCCCGUGGUGACGGACAACAGCUGGAUCCGUCAACGAUCCGGCCAGGACGACGUGCCAUCCAACCGCAGGGUUGGCUCUCUUGACAACCUGGAUCACCCCCACAACUCCUGGCGCUCGUCGUGGACACCCAGGAGCGACUCCCAUAUCCCAAAUUACUCCCGGCCGCACUCCGCCCUUUCCACUAGCGCUCCCUUUCACGGUGGCGGGGCCCCUGGGGCGCGGUCCGGCUCCAGCACCCUGCCCACUUCCCUUCGGGGCCUGUCAACGGGAGCGGCCCCCUGGUCCCAACAUUCACCGUCCGUUUCACCCUCCUCGCUGUCUCCCACCACCUCCCCAGAACCUGGUUGUGACACAGGUGGUCCUCGACAGCGCAGCAGGUCAGUGAGCGGUAAGAAAGUGUGUACUUUCUGUGACACGGCGCUGGGGAAAGGAGCCGCCAUGAUCAUUGAGUCCUUGGGGUUGUGUUACCAUUUGACCUGUUUUAAGUGCUUCGAAUGCCACUCGGAACUCGGUGGAUCGGAAGCCGGGGCAGAAGUUCGAAUCCGAAACAAACAGCUGUAUUGUAACACAUGCUACACGCGAUUCAAAGCCGGCCAGCCCACCUCCAUGUAGCGUGAGAAUCCUGCGGCAGAUCUACGAGGAGACCACGUGCUACAACAACCCGUGAGGCGGCACCUGAGGACCGGAAGCAUCGGGCUCUUAAACGUAAACUUUUCUGUCCUAAUUCCUGAGUUUUCAUACCUUUUGUCUUUUUCUGAAAGAGGUUAAAAUAGCAAAGGAUGGAGGAUUUUUUGGGGGGGGCCUAAAUUAAAUGAAUACAAAGCCAACAAAAUAGAACUUAUAAUUUAUUGAUUUAAAUUAAUUCACGACAUGGUGAAAUAUAACGGAAAACAGGUGUAUUGGUAUCAUUUAUUCAAUAAAAAUAAAGUAGAUUGGUCAAAAACUACAUAAUGAAUACAAUUUAGGUAAUUAUUUGACAAGUUAAUGUUUUUUUUUUGCAAUUAUUUAAAUCAUUUAAACCAUUUAUACAAAUAAAAUAUCUACAACUGGCAGUUAAAUUAAUUUAAAAACAUUUAAAUGAUUUUAGAUUAUAUUUCACCAUUAGAAUAAAACAAUAGACAAUUUAAUUUAUUCUCACCAUUAUCCAUUUUACUGAAAUAUAAUAUACAUUUAUUAGCCAUGACCGAAAUAAAUAAGUUAAUUGUGGCUAUUUUUAAAAUCAUGUUUCAACAAUUAUUAGGAAAUAUUUUAUUUUUCAAAUAAAUGUUUUCAUGUAUGUGAAGGGAAUACGGGCCCUUUCACACAUCAUUUCACUUUUUAAAUAAUACAAUUAGAGAUGUCUGAUAAUAUCGGUCUGCCGAUAUUAUCGGCCGAUAAAUGCGUUGAGAUGUAAUAUCGGAAAUUAUCGGUAUCGGUUUUCUUAUUAUCAGUAUCGUUGUUUUUUUUUUUUAUUAAAUCCACAUAAAAAACAUAAGAUACACUUACAAUUAGUGCACCAAGCCAAAAAACCUCCCUCCCCCCAUUUCUUUCUGUUAUCAAUAUUCUGCUUCCUACAUUAUAUAUCAAUAUAUAUCAAUACAGUCUGCAAGGGAUACAGUCCGUAAGCACACAUGAUUGUGCGUGCUGCUGCUCCACUAAUAGUACUAACCUUUAACAGUUAAUUUUACAAAUUUUCAUUAAUUACUAGUUUCUAUGUAACUGUUUUUAUAUUGUUUUACUUUCUUUUUUAUUCAAGAAAAUAUUUUUAAUUUAUUUAUCUUAUUUUAUUUGAUUCAUUUUUUUAAAAAGUACCUUAUCUUCACCAUACCUGGUUGUCCAAAUUAGGCAUAAUAAUGUGUUAAUUCCACCACUGUAUAUAUCGGUUGAUAUCGGUAUCGGUAAUUAAAGAGUUGGACAAUAUCGGCAUAUCGGAUAUCGGCAAAAAGCCAUUAUCGGACAUCCCUAAAUACAAUUAUUUGUUUAAUAAUCCAUUUAAUUGGCUUUGUAUUUAUUUGAUUUUGACACCCAAAAAAGGGCAUAAAAGCAAAGACUUGUUAGAUUUGAAUUAGUAUGAUGAAGUAUUACAACUGUACAAAAAAGGGUUCUUCUGCAUGCGCCGCUGGUUUAAAUUAUCCAUUAUUAGAUAUUUCCAGAAAUAUUUUUGUGGGAUCAUUAUUUCCAACUCUGACAGGAUCAUCUUUUAUUCUUUUCAUUCUAUUGUCUUUGUUUUGAUUAUUACCGCUUUCCUCGUGGUGGUGUUAAACCUUCUGUAAUGUGCAACAGGGAGACAUCAUUCUGCAGUGUGUGAUUAUUAGCCAGGCUGUAUUUAAUAAUAAAAUGAACAUUAUGCUGUCUUGUGAAGAAUAUAUGAUACUAAAUGGCAGAUGGAGAUAAAAUGUAAAUAAAAACGCUAAUC